GCUGCAGGAGGAGGAAGCGGUGGCAGGGGUAGCGGUGAGGGAAAGAGGGAGAGGGGUGACUGUGCUGAGCAGCUUGGCUCGCCUAGAUAGCGCUGCUGCCGCCGCGGCUGCUGUGGUGGAUGUUUUCAUGUUGCUUGGUGCAUAAUUUAGAGGAGGAGUUGGAAGCGGCGACUAUUAGAGGCAGGGAACGGGGGAUCUGCUGCCGGGGGCCUCCCUCUCUUUCUUCUUGCCCGUGUGUGGCAUCGAGGCAGCUCCCUGCACUUGCCCUGCGGUGCCCGGGUGGGGGCUCCCGGCCAGAGAGCGUCUGCGUCCCCCGGGGCUAGUGCUCUGGUGGGGUGGGGGUGUGUGUGUGCGCGCGCGUUUUUAGGGUGGGGGGUGGGGGUUGUGGGUUGUGCCUGAACCAGUUAGGAAGAAUGACUUUGGAGUCCAUCAUGGCGUGCUGCCUGAGCGAGGAGGCCAAGGAAGCCCGGCGGAUCAACGACGAGAUCGAGCGGCAGUUGCGCCGGGACAAACGGGACGCCCGUCGGGAACUGAAGCUGCUGCUGCUGGGCACAGGAGAGAGUGGCAAAAGCACGUUCAUCAAACAGAUGAGAAUCAUUCAUGGAUCAGGUUACUCUGAUGAAGACAAAAGGGGCUUUACAAAAUUGGUGUACCAGAAUAUAUUUACAGCAAUGCAGGCCAUGAUCAGAGCCAUGGAUACCCUCAAAAUCCCAUACAAGUAUGAACAUAAUAAGGCUCAUGCACAGUUAGUUCGAGAAGUCGAUGUAGAGAAGGUGUCAACUUUUGAGAACCCCUAUGUAGAUGCAAUAAGAAGUUUAUGGAAUGACCCUGGAAUCCAGGAAUGUUAUGAUAGACGACGAGAAUAUCAGUUAUCGGAUUCAACUAAAUAUUACCUUAACGACUUGGACCGCAUAGCAGAUUCAGCCUAUCUGCCAACUCAGCAAGAUGUGCUUAGAGUUCGAGUCCCAACAACAGGGAUCAUUGAAUAUCCAUUCGACUUACAAAGUGUCAUUUUCAGAAUGGUGGAUGUAGGAGGCCAACGAUCGGAAAGAAGAAAAUGGAUACAUUGCUUUGAAAAUGUCACAUCUAUCAUGUUCCUAGUAGCUCUUAGUGAAUAUGAUCAAGUGCUUGUGGAGUCAGACAAUGAGAAUCGAAUGGAAGAAAGCAAAGCACUCUUUAGGACAAUUAUCACAUAUCCAUGGUUCCAGAAUUCUUCAGUCAUUCUGUUCUUAAAUAAAAAAGAUCUCUUAGAGGAGAAAAUUAUGUACUCCCAUUUAGUUGAUUAUUUCCCAGAGUAUGAUGGACCACAACGGGAUGCACAAGCGGCACGAGAGUUCAUCUUGAAGAUGUUUGUAGACCUGAAUCCAGACAGUGACAAAAUUAUCUACUCCCACUUCACAUGUGCUACAGACACAGAGAAUAUACGCUUCGUCUUUGCUGCUGUCAAGGACACAAUCCUACAGUUAAACCUGAAGGAGUACAACCUGGUCUAACUGUGCCUAAGAGGCCCUCCAAGACCACCUUUGCGUGAUUGAAGAUACACAAGACAGACUGUAUUAUCUGUGAAAACAAAUUGCAUAAUACUAAUUUAUUGCUGGCCUGGACUCUGUGAAUGUCCACAGAGUUUUUAGUUAAUAUUAUGAUUUUAUUUAAACUGUAUGGAGGAAAAACAAAAGAUGCUGAUGUGCAUUUACAGUACAUUUUCUUAUUUUUUGUGUUUUAAAUUCUCAGUCGUACACUCACAAAGGAUAACAGUUUUUUGCUAUUGAAGCAAAAUUAAACUAGUUUCCUCUUUCCCUAACCCUUUCUCUCUCUUCCUCCUUCCUCCCCCCCUUAUGUUUUUAAAGGUACAAUGGCCGUUUUCCCAGUUGCAUUCCUUGGUAAAAUAUUUUCUGUUGAGUGAUUUGGUCAGGAAAAAUGCUAUCAUCAGAACUGAAGUUAUCAGUCAUUCAAAUUUUACAGAAUGUACUUUCUCUGAAGGAUCAAAAGUAUUGAUAGUGUGAUAUUUAAAUUCUUGACAUGGGUGUUUUCAUUCUGUCUUCAAUUCUGAGGCCAGAAUAUCGGGAUUGCAAAAUAGAAAUAGUUGUGUAUGGAUUUAGAAUUUAACCAUACUUUCGCAGUUCAGAAAGAUGCAUAGAAGAAAGUAAUGAAAUAAUUAAAGACACAAACCUGGGAUGUUCAUGGAAUAUCAUAGAAUCUCUUUUUAACUGUCAUGUGCCAUUAUUUUCUCUUUUCUUUAUUCACAAAUGCCAAACGGAAAUGUCAUGGACACUACAUUUUCCCCAGUGGCUACAGCCUGAAACAGUGGUGUUUGGGUUUUUUUUCAGUUGUGUGCAUUUUUUCUUAAGUUAGAGCUUUUUUAAAGUGUGUUUUUCCACAGUAGAAAAAAUAUUUUUGUUGUAUAAAAUCUUGCCAAAUCUGGCUUUUUAUAAAACAAAUAUUUUUGAAACAUAAGAUACCAAUUGAAAUGCCAAACUGAUGGAUUGGGUACUGACCUGAUUGAGUCAACUGCUAAAUGAUAAACAAAUAUAGUUUCAGCUCAUAUGUACCCUUUUUUAGAAAGUGUUCCAUUUUCUAAUGCCAAAAACAAGCAUGAGUGAAUAUGCUACUAGGUAUACAUGUAUAGAAGACAUUUUAACUCUCUCCUUAUGUCAGAGAUGGCAUGAGAUUGCAUACAAUGUUUUCUGUAAUAAUAUCAAAGCACCUUUGUACAGCAUGAAAUUAUUGAUGAGUGAUCACAUUCAGGAACCUUUCUUAAUAAGGUUGCCUCUUAACCGAUUCACAGACAUUUGAUAGGCUUCAUGCAAAAUAUCCUCUCUUGAUGUUCUUUAGAAAGAUUUAUUAAUAUAAAUGAAACAGUGGAAAGAUCACUCUUGAAAUUUAAACAUGCAAAUUUUUAACAACAAAAAUGUAGCACACAUAGAUGAGCAGCUUAGGUUGAAAGGUGUUUUUCUGACCAGGUGCAUGAUUGCUAGCAAGCUACAGAGAACUCAGAGGUCAGAUGUAAUUGGAUUGAUUACAAUGCCAAGUAGCACUAGAGUGCACUUAGCACAGAAAUUCCUGCCUCUCAGCUGCGAAGGAGAGGUGGAAAAAGAAUGACUUAUCGGUAACAAAGUUAAUAAAUACUAAUGAGAUGUUUUUCAUCCUUAACCCUCCCAAUUCCAAAACAACAACAAGAACAGUUGCUAUUUUUUUGCUGCCUCAUAAAAAACCUUAUAAUUGAAAACUGAUUGUAGGUAUAGUGCAAUUAUGAAUGUUAUAAUCAUUGUACAUACAUCUAUAUAUAUAUGGCAGCAUCAAUAUUGGCUUUGUAAUCAUUAAUUUUUGGCAAAUUGGAUGUGCUGUGUUGAUAUGUAUCUAUGUAAUUGUAUGUCUUACAGCUAAUUCACAUUUUAAACAAUGUUAUUUUAUUUACGUUUUUAAGAGAAGAAUGUAAAUUUGGUCAGUUUAUUUCUGACUAGGGAUUUGUUGUUUUUAUUUAAAAAGCAAAAAAAGCUUAUUAUAGUACAGAGUUGUACUAGCAUCAUGCUGUAUAAAAUCAUUUGUACAUUCCUGAGUAAAAGUAAAUUGGAGACACACAGAGGACAGUCACAAUCACAAUCAAAACAACGCUUAAAUCUUGUCAGGGCUUUAUACAGAUGUAGAAACCAUUUUUGCUGGAAGAAUGUAUGCCAUUAUAUCUAGGAUUGGAACAUAAGCUCUUAAAUAUGAAUUUGUAUUUGGCAGAUUCAACUUCAGUUAAUUUUACUUUUCUAAUAGCCUUUAUUAGAAAAGUGAAUUUAGAGACAUUUCAAACUAUUGAACAUAAGUACUAAUGGGUAUAUGCUAUUUCCCUAAAAAUAUCAUAAAAAAAUACAGAGCAUCAGAUCAGUUAAACAUUUCAGAAACCUUAGAUCUAACAACAACAAAGUUGCUAGUGUUAACAAUUUUAAGGAGUUAAAGAAUUUUAUUUAAUAAAGCUAAAGCAGGUAGUUGUAGGUUAUAAAAAGUGACACUGACAUUCUAAAUAUGUGAUCAGAACAGUUAUUCUUGUUAUAUAUGUCAUUAUAAAAUUGGUCCUGAUCUUGCUUAUAAACAUAAAAAAUCUUCUGUUUCCACUGUUGACUCUGGAGUGCGUGAUAAUAUCCCUUCUUUUAACCUGGGAAUACAUUGGCCACCUUGGAUUUAGUGAUAUAAAUAGAACUGUAGGAAAAAAAAAAAAAAAGCCAGUGGUGUCUAAUGAAGGUUUGGGGUUUGGUUUGGUUUGUUAUGGGAUAUUGGGGGGGGGGAGAAUGGGGUUUUAAGUUUUGUAUAAAAACAAAACAAAAGUUUACUCAAGCUUUAUAGAUAUAUUGUGAUUGUAAAAUUAAAGAGUGAGUGCGACUGGGCUACUUCUGGUAUAUUUUAAUUGAGUUGAACCUGUGGCAAUGUUUAGAUCAUUUGAGCUAUUCUGAAAAAAUUUAUAUUCAGCAUGCUAAUGCAAGCCUUACAUGAAUCACCUAACACAGCAUUGCAGUAUGACAGUGUUUACAAAAACAUUUCCUUUUUAAAUGACAUAGCUGUUCCCACUUGCAAUAUAUUCCAUUGCUGUUGCUGUUUUAAUUGGUGAUUUCCACUAUGCAUUAUAGUGCUUGAGUCCAGAAGUAUGUGCCUCUAACAUGAAACUGAAGGCAAAAACAAGACAGAAACCCUUUUAACUUUGCCAAAAUUAUGUGCUUUCAUUGAAUGUCAUAAAUGGGAGAGGAGGGAAGGAAAACAUCUUGGGAACCUGUGUAUUCUAGGUGUUCACUAGUACAAACAAGCUAUAAUAUGUGUUUUACAGAAAUCUUAAACUUGCUUUUUUCACUAAGUAACUGGCACUGUCCUGACAUAUAUAGGAUGAUGAAGGUAUAAGGGCAGUUUACUUUUUAUAAUUCAGACUCUCUUGAUUUUCAAGGUGUAUGAACUGUAAUUUUUAAUCAUACUGCCACAUGAUUGUGAAACACUUUUUUAAGCUUGAAAGUGGAGAAGAGACUUUAUGCUGGCUAUCAGUCAGAACUGACUGCAUGAUUUGCAAAAACUUUAAAAGGAGGUAAAAGGGCUGCAUAUGAAGACAUUGCUAGACUCUGAGCUUUUGGUUGUAAGAUGCAAAAGACUUUACUCAACCUAAUGCCCCUUCCCUUGUUAUGCAUUCUUCAUGAAAUAAUGAAAUAAUAGGAGAAAACAAAGACAUGUUAACCCACAUGAAAAAAAAAAAAGGCCCAAAUAAUUUAUUAUAUGUGCUGCUGUUCUUGGAGCUCUGUGCAUGGUUAUCCUGCAUUACAUUAGUAAACUAAUGAAGUGUGCACAGUAUAUUAACAAGGCCUACAAAUUACCUACCUCUAGUUAAGAAACCAAUAAAGUAAAUAUGUUUUGGAGAGACUGUCACAAGUUAGGAAAUUAAAAUGGCCUGUCGUAGAUAUUUAAUGGCUAUUUCAGACAUUCACACUUUUGUAGAUAUGGUCCCUCUUCAGACAUAAACAACUACAGUCAUAUGUCCCUGUCCAAUUUGUUAGUUUAGUAGAGAUGUUGAAAAACAAUGUGUUUUGGUUUGAUAAGAACCACUGAUAUCUCUUUUUUUUUUUUUUUUGCUUUUAUUUACCCAUAAUAUUUUGAGUUGUAUCAAUCAAAACAAACAUUUCCAUGUAAUCAGUAAUCCAUUGAGGGUCAUUAUUUAUCUAGUUACAGGGAUUUUACUGUAACUUUCACUCAAGCUUUUUCACAGUAGCCAUGCUGCAGGAAAGAAAGGAAUAGAAGAAUUAUUUGAACAAAUUUGAUGUUGAAGAUGAUAGUGUCAAAAAUGCAAGAAAAUUCAACCAGAUCAAUCUUAUUCUAAAGCUGGUUUUGUGGUGUUUUUUUCUCUCUCUCAAAAGAUGGUCUAAGCUGAAGUCUAUUGCUGGAUUCCUUAUUUAUCAUGCUGCAGGAAAUGGUUAUUUGAUCAAUAUAUGAGGGGGUCAGAUACAUUUUUUAAUUUGCAGUGUUUAAAAAAAUAAAGAUAUUUGCUAUUCUUAAAGUGUCAUUUAAAUGCAUGUAUUGUCUAUUGUUUGGGGGACAAAAAUAGGGUGUGGGUUUUUUUGUUUUUUUGUUGAAAAAAAACUAAUGCAUAAAUACUGUUCCUCAAAAAUCUUGCUGGUUAUAAAUACAGUAUUUUUGGCCAUAACUUUGUAUUACAGUAUCUUCGUUCCUUGACAUUUAGCUUUUCUGAAAUAUAUUUGGGCUUCUUGCUCUCCCAAAAUGUUUCAUAUGAUA